CCUGUUCAUCUCUUCAGUCUUAUAAAAGCUUGUUCCUCAGUCUCUCCAAGACCAGAGACACAGAAGCUGUUUUGCUGUUUAGGCUUAGCAGAGGACCAACAAUCUGGAUUAACUUCAAAUUGUUCACUUGACAUACAGCUUUAUCAAUUUACAGCUUUAUUAGACAAGGACUUUGGACAGCUACCACGACACCAGACCGUUUUGGACAGCUACAAAGAGGAACUUUGCUAAAUUUGACAACGUCUUAAAACAGUCUUGCGGUUGAGUUUAUUCAACUGGAAGGUUAACACACUAUUUGACUUGGUUGACUCUUCAUCACCACAGUUUGGGAGAUUUCGGAAACAUACAGUAGACAGAACCAGGAGAAAAACGUGUGAACUGAAUCGUGGAAUUGUGACCAAAACCAUGGUGUCCCGCCAGCCCAGUUGCACUGGAUCUGACUCUGGAUCCGAGUCUGAGAGUAUGGAUUCCAAGUCUGGAUCUCCAGAGAAGCAUGAUGGUUCCACACGGCGGAGGAUGGCAGCCAACGCCCGUGAGAGGAAGAGGAUGCAGGGGCUGAACACAGCCUUCGACCGACUCCGUAAAGUGGUCCCCCAGUGGGGCCAGGAUAAGCAACUGUCCAAGUACGAGACUCUGCAGAUGGCUCUCAGCUACAUCAUGGCCCUCAACCGGAUCCUGACGGACGCCCAGAAGCGCAAAGCCCCCCACAGACAGUGGCUGGACCUGCAGUUUGACUGUGUGCAGCCAGAGAACUAUCAGUGCUUCAGUACUAUCAGGUACAGCUCUCCAGUUGAACACGAGUACAUGCAUUCGUCCUUUCCCUACCAAUGUGAUGGCCUCCAAGUUCCUACAUAGACUGGAUGGAAAACUGAAAAAACGAGUCAUGUUGUUUGAGGUGAAUUACAAUCUGUGCUUGUUUUUAUGAUGCAGGCAUUUGCUCCAACCCAGGAGUCAGUAAAUACAUUUGUAUUACUUUUAUUUAUAUAUAUUUUUUAAUCUAUUUAUUGACGUUUGUUUAUAUUUUAUGAUUAUUAAGUUAAGACAUACAUUUAAUCAAAAAUGGUUCCAAACAAAGCAAUUUACAGCUUGUAUUGCAUUUCAGUGUACUGUACUGCAAUUGAUUUUAGCUUAGCUUUCUCUAUUUUCUCUCUCUCUGUAUUGUUGGGAAGGGCCUGUAAGUAAGCAUUUCACUGUUAGUCUACACCUGUUUUUAACGAAGUAUGUGACAAAUAAAAUUUGAUUUGAUUUGUAUCAAAUCUUCCAGAUGAGACCCUGACAUAAUAUUGUGUAAUUUAUAAUGAAUGCCGAUCAUAGGAUUAAAAGUGUAAUUAUUUGCCUCUAUUGUUAUUGUGUAGACAAACAGUGACAUUUUACGACUUUGGUAAGAUACAUUUUGAAUCUAUUUUUGUAAAUGUAAAACCUUUUGUGAUUGAGUCUAGUUAACAUAAUGUUCUCUAGCCCCAAAAUGUAGGCAUUUUGGAAAUUCUACAUGUUUUUUUGUGCUCUUCAGUUUUUCUAAACGAUGACCUAUACUUUGUUUAAUAAUAGUUGUUGUACUGAAAUAAAAGUU